AGAAACACCUCGCUCAGGGAACAGCCCGUGUUUGGGGGGAGGGGUCCAGUAGAAAUUCCCCCUGAGAGCUGCAGGAGCCAAUCAGAAGCGGCGCCCCCCUGGUCCGUGUGGCGUGCAGAAGGGCGUGUUUUCCCUAUUUAAACCGUGAGCUUUGCACGGAUUACACACACGCAUUUUACCUGAAGAGGACUUGUACAGCGCUCUCCUGCACCAGAACUGUUCCAAAAUGGGCGACAGCAACCCAGUCAAUGAAGAAGUGGAGAACUUUAACAAGAAGAAGCUCAAGAAGACUAACACUCAAGAGAAAACCAGGCUCCCGACCAAGGAGGAAAUUGAAGAGGAGAAGAAAGCCAUGAAAGAGACCAACUGAAACGCUUCUCCAGCCCUGCUGCAUUUACCGCUCGUCUUCCAAUCAGGAGUUCUGUCAUUCCGACCUGUUUUCCAUGUCGCCGUCGAAUGCUGUAUAAGAUGCCACUACGGGGAAUUAAUCCCAGUUAUAACGAUGCAAUGGGUGCAUUUCAUUGUGUUCAUUCUGUGGGCUUUAAUGUGGGUAGAUUGGUACUUGGUGUGUGGUAACAUCUAUACAAAUUAUAAUGACUUACUCUCAGCAAAGCUUGCCUGUAAAUGGUGCCACUGAGAAAAUGUUGUGGAAAGAGAAGAUCAUAUUUUUGUUUUAAUAAAAUCAGCGUGUCAAAUGA